CGCCUCUUCUCGCUCGCUCCCACUUGCCACAAAUACCACCUAUAGCUCCAUCACCACCAUGCCGAUCUCCCCUACCUCGGCCUCACCGGCUCACCGCCGGUGAGAUACGUAGGAGCUUCACAAAGAGCUAUAGAUUGGGGCAGGAGCUUCAAAAUGACAAAUGGUUAGCCGCGAAGACUAAAACAAUGAGCUAAUCAUUAUCGAUUAAGGGUCAGAAACUCAAAACAAUGCUUUAAGAGAGCAAACAAGAAAAUUAUUAAUUAUUUUCCCCACUGGUCAGCUCCUGUGACUAGCGUGCCUGGCAGGCCGACCGCACUGCACAUCUGACGUCUGGACCGAGGCACGGAGCCCAAUCAGAGAGAGCUGCCGUCUACUGGGCCAUGAGAGAGCUGACGAAGAGGAGGAAAAGAACGGCAGAAACACCCGGAUCGACGCCUGAGUCCCUUCGAGUUUCCACAUGGGAAAAGCAGCAGCAAAACUUGGAAGGAAGAAUCGCAUCCCCGAUCCCUUAUUGUUCACUUAAGAAUAACGAUAGCAACUGAUGGAACACUCGAAUAGGCAGUCAAAUUCAGAUUACCAACUAUUCAGUUCUCUUGUUAUUAUACACUUUUAUAACUACUCCCUCCAUACUGCUAUUAGGAGUCGUUCCGGGGAUUGAUGUAGAUGCAAAAUAGAUGCCGUUCCUCCCCCACGCUCGCAAAAUGGACGGCUUUGCCCUUACCUCUUCAUUUGCUGCAUGCGUUCUAAUUAAUGUGGCGACCAUUCUGCCACAUCGUUUUCCAUCCACGCUGCUUCUGAAUCCCGCGCCGCGCCUCCUCGCCUCUCGUCUCCCUUGCCAUCGCCCGCCCCUCGCCGCGCUUGCUGCUCGAUGAAUCCUAGCGCUCGCCGAGGCAUGGACGCACCGGACUCCAUGGAUGCAGUGGAGUUGGCGCCGGAGGCCACGGAUGCAGAGGAGUUGGCGCUGGACUCCAUGGAGGCGCCAGAGGAGGAUGCACUGGACUCCAUGGAGACGACCUUGGAGGCGCCGGAGGAACUCGCGCCGGACUCCUUGGCAUCGGAGGAGGUCGCGUCGGAGGAGUUCGCCGCAUUAGCGUCCUUGCCGGAGUCCUUGGCGCCAGAGGAGAUCGCCGUGCCGAAGUCCUUCCCGGACUUCGUGCCGGACUCCUUGGAGUUGGACUCCUUGCCGGACAUGGUGCCGGACUCCAUGGAGCCCGAGUCACAAGGUACUCUUUGCAAGCGUUGCAAUACUAUCCAUGGUGACAACGACGUUGUAGCCUGCCGCCUAGCUUGCCGUGAAGCUAGCAGGGGCGAGAGUUGCCGUCUUGUUCAUCGUGACUACAAUCUCGCUGCUAGGAUAUUAGAUGAUCAAGACAAGUCCGAUUGUUUGAUUUACAUUCCUGAUGUGGACAAGCUUCAAAUCAGCGGCGAGACAAUUCUUGUGCCUGAGCACGUUCAGAACAAGUUGGACGAACAAAGGAAGAUGAAAAAAAGAUGCAAACAAAGAACAAUAGACAAUCGAAAGACUAGCAAUGGCUUCAGCUAGCAAGGAUGGUUCACAAGGGAUUUGCAAUGGAAGUCUUCGUCGAGCUCGUCGGCAUCCUCCACCUGCUGGAAGUCUUCAUCUUCAACCGGAAGCUCAUUUAGAUCAAAGGUAUCUAAAGGUAGGCAUUGUUGUGCACUCUAUGCUAGCAAGGAGUACAAGGGGCUAUUCUGUUGCCGGUGGAAGUUGAUGCACGGAGGAAGGAUGCGCCUUCCAGGAAUCGAUUCACAUCUGGGACUCGAAGCGCUAACCAGUUGAGCUGUGUGCGAUUGUCAUUUAAGAUACACCCGCAGCCCUAUUUAAUAAGGGCAAACAGGGAAAACUCUACCCUAAUUAAUCACUCCUUGGUAUGCACAAUCCUGUCCUAAACGACCUCUAAUACGAGUAUGGAGGGAGUACCU